CGCAAAAGCUUCUAAUUAUUCCGUUGAAGAGAACAAAACGAAAAACUCUAGAAAAUGGCAAGAACCAAGCAGACGGCUCGUAAAUCCACCGGAGGCAAAGCCCCGAGGAAGCAGCUCGCCACCAAAGCCGCCCGUAAGAGCGCUCCGGCCACCGGCGGCGUCAAGAAGCCUCACCGUUACAGGCCCGGCACCGUGGCUCUGCGAGAGAUCCGUCGCUACCAGAAGUCCACCGAGCUGCUGAUCCGCAAGCUGCCCUUCCAGCGUCUGGUGCGAGAGAUCGCUCAGGACUUCAAGACGGACCUGCGCUUCCAGAGCUCCGCCGUCAUGGCCCUGCAGGAGUCCAGCGAGGCUUAUCUGGUCGGUCUGUUCGAGGACACCAAUCUGUGCGCCAUCCACGCCAAGAGAGUCACCAUUAUGCCCAAAGACAUCCAGCUGGCCCGCCGCAUCCGUGGAGAGCGCGCCUAAACUCACCGCUCCUCCUAAACACAAAGGCUCUUUUAAGAGCCAC